AACCCGCCUUGUUGGUCCACUUUUGCCUUCUUCUGCCACUCAGUCAGUCCCUGCAACUUCGGAUGCGCGGCCACUGUCAUAGGGCACGGCAUCCCCAUCAAUUCUGGCCCGGCUGUGGAUGGAUCCCAAGAUCCUGCACCCUGUGACUAGCAGAUCUACCCUCAUCGUUCAUCUGGGAUGCUUGUCUGGACGAGGAGGAGCUUGCAGCCUGCCUGAGCAAUCGAUACAUACCCACCACACCACACACGCCCAUACAUACCCUCGGGAUACCUCUGACUUAGUACAAAGAUCCCACUUGUUAUCCCCCCCUCCUCCCAACACACCUUGACACCGUCCGCGUCAUAGCAUACUGCUUGGUACAUACAUGACACUGAGGUACAUGGUCACAUCUCGAUAUCCAUACUGUCCACUGCCCACUGCCCACACCCCCUUCACUCCACCGAGCCUCUUGGUUUCGAUACUCGGAUUAUUGAGCUGCCAUCUUGCAACAUACUUCACCUGCCUCCAGUACUUGUGAAUCGCAAGCUCGCGCAUUCCUCGACAGACUUUCUACUGUUCUUGUUCUCCUCCCCCACAUCCUCCGUUUUUGCCAAAACGUACCUGCCCACCUACUCCCUUGUCAUCGGCAACCAAGCUGUUGUGAGGGAAAACCACCGGCUAAGCAACCCAACGCUUCUCGUACCGAGUUUGCUUGCACCUUCACCCCUCUCUCUCCCCACGCAACGCGACAAAAACAACAUCAACAUCAAUCAACCACCACCAACCACCUACCUGGAGCUCUCCUUCCUUCUCCGUCCUUUGGACCACCCAUCUGAAAGAGCAAUUGCGAGACGGCAGGCUUCUCCAGCCAUUCGGCUUUCUUCGCCACCAGGCACUGAUCUCCAGGCCACCUCCGGAGCUUUUAGUCCUGACCCUCGGCCCGCGACUGCCCUGGGCCGCACGCAAAGCACCCCCGCGGUACACCUGCAACUGCACCUCGUACAACGAAUCCCGGACAGCUUCAGAUCCAGUCUUGCAAAGCGGCACGCGCCACCACACAGGUGCCUCUGACGAUCUACGCGGAAUUAGCGUUGGUUCUCUCCCUGCCAGGUUCAACACAUCGUCCACCGCGAUUCCGUUUCCGAUUGAGGCCCCAGCUUCCUGUUAGGCCAUAUCCCUUCUCGCAACACCCUGCCGAGGAGCCUGAGCUUCCUUUCCGAUCGUAGGCCGCAUUACCGACGCUGGUGCACGACGGCCAUCUCUGGCUACGGUGCUUCCAUCCACUCUGCAAAGGCUGCUUUCACCUUCCUCGUGCCCCUCCUGCUCUUGAGCCAGUUGUCUUCGCUCGAGGAUCCGAAGAGUGUGCGACUGGCUUCCUCACGGCACCAUUUCUCCACUUCCACGUUGUGGUAUAUCCCUGGCAGAGCAGACUGCUGUUCACUCAUACCAACGUCAUUCUGCCGCCGCUCAGAUCGGCUCGCCGUGCUUCGCUCGGUAAUUUCCGCGACAAGUCCUCCGCGACCGCUCGUGGUUGAAUGGGUGACACCUUUCAGGGCUUCAACGUACCCAUUCGGCAUCACUAAACUCCAGUGCUAGCAGUCCAACUUCUUCCCUUGUCCUUUGCCCAGAGGAAACACAGAAGACCUUCGGAUUCCAUAGUCUCUCGGGAGACGAGCAGACUUUCGUGAUUGCCCUGGUCGAGAAGCUGGCUGGCGAAGCCCCACGCGCAGCAUGGAAGACCCCUCCCACUUCAACACCAGCGACCUUGUCGACUUCGACCCAUAUCGAGAAACACUUGAAGACGAGGUUAUUGUGGCCUCCACAGAGCUCCUGUCAACGUCACAACAACCCUACUCAUCAAUGGACCCUUCCCUAAUCCCGAGCCCGCGCUCUUCUUUGGGUCAAUCUCCAGUCAUGGCCUUCCAGGACAUAACAUACCCUGACCAGGCUUUCGACCCGAGUCUCUUGGCCCACAAGCCGCCUGCGCCGACACAAAGCAAGAUUUCGGAGCCACUGACACCAGCCUCUUUCGGGGACCGAGCUUCAAUCAGCACCAAGUCGAGCUCCACUUCCAUUCCUUCACUGAAGGAUCCUACCAUGCCUUCGACACACAACAAUCAACGUGAGAACUUGGAGCCUCCGAAGAAAAAGGCUCGUCAGAGGCAGCUCAAACCUGCCAAGCAGGAAUCAGAAGAUGAUGACCAAGAAGAAGACGAGUCCACGGAGAAGCGAAAAAAAUUCCUCGAGAAGAACCGAAUCGCCGCGAGCAAGUGUCGGGAGAAGAAAAAGAAAUGGGUGCACGACUUGGAGUAUAACAAAUCCCAACUGGAGCGGCUGAACAUGGAGCUCCGCUUGGAGCACCGCGGGUUGAUCAGCGAGCUCAACCAGACGAAGAGUAUGCUGAUGAGCCACGCGGACUGCAACGAUCCCAACAUCACCGAGUGGCUGAACCACCAAGCACGAAGGAUUGUACAGAGCACCGGUUCCAGCCUUUUCUCGAUACCGAACCCACUUUCGACGUACCCACCCCAGGGCCAACCUCGGAACAGCAGCAUCGUGUCUGGAGGCUCCAUGGUAGAUCUUGACCCAUCGUCGCGCCGGGCCAGUAUAUCCUAUUCGCAGGGCCGUUCCUCAAUGGACACGACACCACCGAUUGACCCUGCGUUACCGAUGUCAUCCGUAUCGCCACGAGUCAAGGAGGAAUCCAUCGGCAACCUCGACCACAUGCGCUGGAUAAACGAAUGAUUAUGGAGACCCGACAAGACAGGCUGCCAGGUCGAUGACUCUGCCAAUCUGACGUACUGGAAACCUAAAAGUCGCAGCGUUCCCGGUUGGCCAUGGAACGGCCGGAGAUCAGCACGUCCGCUGGUCGAUUUGAUUGCAUUUUAGUAAUUCUUUUGAGGAUACUGCUCCAUCUCUAGCAGCAGAUUAGCCUUUUCAUUGGAGCUCCGACGCCACCUGGAAUCCCAUUGGCCAUUGUUAAGGUAAACAACGUUGGGAAAAAGCUGGGACAGGUACUGAGACGUGCCUAUCACCUAGCAUUGGGACCACAGGAAGGCAUAUGGGUGGCUGUCAUUGUCGUUCAAUGCAGAAAAAUGGAGCUCGCAGCUCAAAAUGGUGCGAGAGAAAAUCCAUGCGUCUUGGGAGCGGAUUUGGCUCCUGGCUUUUACCUUUUAUGCAAGUCUUUCGAGAACGGCGUCAGCCCGUUGGCUUGCACGGGAACGGUGUGGACUGCAUAAUAGCUUUGGCGUUCUCGGUCAGUCAUGAUAUGGAGUCGGACGGACACAGGAUGAAUGCAGGCAGCACCGGGAUUGUUUUGUAAGGAGAACAGAAAUUUUAUGAGUGACGAAGUGGCAGGAAGGGAUCGUGGCGUCCUGUAGGUUUUUGGGGCGAGGCAUCGCAGAUUUGAGCCAACUUAAUGCUCUAGUAUCAGAAACCUGACCAAAACAUGUCGUCAUCUGCGUCUUGUGGUUACUUGUUGACGGGGUUGGGCUUGGCUAGGGCAACAUCCUGAAGCCUUCACUUCGUCAUGAUGAGGUCUAACGGAGGGUCCAGGGCCCUUGUUGCGGCUGGCUUCGCGACGAGUGUUCAAAGACUCUUUGAGGAAGAAUUACUGCAGUGUACGUAGAUAUAGUAAAACUGUACAACUCAAAACCCAGAAAGAAAAGAGAUUUUCCAACUCGAAGCUCG